GCGCAGCGCACGCUCUCCUACACGGGAAGCGUCGUUUCAUCAUGUCGUCCACCUCGUGCACGCUCCGCACGCGCAAGUUCAUGACGAACCGGCUCCUCGCGCGUCGUCAAUUCAUCCUCGAUGUUCUUCACCCCGGUCGCGCCAACGUGCCGAAGGCCGAGUUGCGCGAGAAGCUUGCGAAGAUGUACGACGUCAACGACGACAAGUGCGUGUCCCUCUUUGGCUUCCGCACGCAGUUUGGUGGUGGCAAGUCCACCGGGUUUGGGCUGAUCUACGACACCAUCGACGCGAUGAAGAAGUUCGAGCCCAAGCACCGCGUCAUCCGUGCCGGCCUCAAGGAGGCGGUCACGAAGUCCCGCAAGCAGAUCAAGGAGAAGAAGAACCGCGUCAAGAAGAUGCGCGGUGGCGAGAAGAACAAGGUUAUGUAAACUUCUUCGCGCGGGGUUUGGUGGGGUCGCGACUAUCGCGGCAAGUCUUGCGUUCGUUGUUGUGACGUCUUGUCUCAUCUAGCUGGGUCGUAGACGUUUAAUGUGGAAUGCACGGCGAAUUUAACGAAAACAA